AUGGUUCUCGUCCAGCCGUGCGCCCGCUCCCAGGCGUUCGGCCUCUGCCUCCUCAACCUGGCCACCUUCCCAUCCGAGUUGCCGCGGUGGCGGCAGCUGCCAGGCGAUUGGCUCUCGCUGCAGCGAAGGCUCCGCAUCAACCACGUCCUCGUCGCCACCUCCGAGGAGGAGAGCGGUCAUAUCCUCGGCUCGGUCGAGGUGCACAGUCCGCAGUACCAGCAGCGGCUCGCCGGUGGCGCAUAUUCACCCGAGCAGCUGGCGCGGCUGCAGCCGUACCUUGCCUCGCUUGCCGUGCGGGAGGGCGCCCGAGGCCGCGGCGUCGGCCAAUCCCUCGUCGAGGCCGCCGUCGAGGCAGUGCGCUCCUCCGACUACGCCGGAGAGCACUUGCUGCUCGGUGUCACGGAAACGAACAGCGCGGCGGUCCGCCUCUACGAGCGCUGCGGCUUUGAGACGCUGAGCAUCUACGGCGGGCGGGUGCUCCGAGACGCCGCCGGCACAGCGGUGAUCGGGAAGCAGUUUGAGGAGCACAACUCGCUGCCGGGUCCGGUGUAUGCGGGGGGAGGCUACACGCUGCUGAGCGCCGCGAUCCGGGGCGGGCCGCCGGCGGUGCGCCGUGUGCUGCAGGCGCAGCCCGGCGCUGCUCGCGAGGUGACCACCGGCGGCGCCACGGCGCUGCACGUCUGCGGCAUGAGCCGGGCGGGAGAGAUGUCGACGGCGCUUCUUCUCGAGGCGCUCGGCGCGGACGCGGACGUGGAGGCGACCGACGCAUGGGGCUACACGCCGCUGCAGCGGCACGCAAGCAACAACUUGGCGGUGGGAGCGCAGGCGGGCGGCAGGCCGAUGCGGUCACGCGCGUCGCACACACGGCCGUCGGGGCUGGAGGGGAGAGGCGACAGCGCGAGGGCGCUCGCGCGCCGCUUCCGCCAUUUCGCGACGCUGAGAGUCUUUCAGCAAUUUGAGCUCGAGAGGGGGAUCCCGUUGCCAGAGGGGGAGAUUGAGCUCUAG